AUGGUGGCCGGCGGCGCCGCGCGGCUGCUCCCGCUCCCGCUGCUCGCGCGCGCCGCCGCGCUCCGGCUCCGGCCGGCGCUGCCCGGGCGGGCGGGCGCGGGGCGCUCCGGGCUGUGCGGCGGCCGCUGGGCCGCCCUGGCCCUGGCCGUGCCCGCGGCCGUGCCCGCCGGCACCGGCUGGAAGGAGAGGCCGGGGCAGCGCGGCCCGGCGUGGGCGGCGGAGCGCGGCGCGGAGCGGCCGCCCCGCGGGCUGCUGCGGCGCCUGGGACUGGUGCUGCGGCUGGGUGUCCGCGCCUGCGGGCUCGUGCUGCGCUUCGGGCCGCUGCUGCUGCUCUACCCGCUGGCCUGGCUCUGGCCCGGCUUGGGCGCCCGCUGGCUGCGGCUGCUGCGCAGGGCGGCCGAGGCCGCCGGCCCCACGUGUGUCAAGCUGGGCCAGUGGGCCAGCACCCGCAGGGACCUCUUCUCGGAGGCCUUCUGUGAUGAGUUUUCCAAGCUGCACGUCGAGGUGAGCCCGCACCCUUGGGGCCACACCGACGAGCUCUUGAGGAAGGCCUUCGGGGAGGACUGGACGGGCAUCCUCAAGUUCCCGAGCCGGGAGCCCGUGGGCUCGGGCUGCGUUGCCCAGGUGUAUAAAGCCUAUGCUGACCUCGCCGCCAUCGGCGGCUCCCGGGCCCGGGAGCUGGAGCAGCGCUCGGAGCUCAGGUCCGCCUUUGAAGCGUGGGAAGUGUCAGGCUUUAGAGGCCUCCUCGGGUGGCUGAGGAGGAGGAAGAGCAAGGAGAUACGGGAUGAGAGGAGCAGGGAGGAACUGAGUUCUGCAGGCUGCUCCCAGGGAAGUUCCGAGAGUAGGAUGUCCCUUACGGAGCAGAGGGCCAAGCCACUCCCGAAUGCAGAUCCGUCAUCAGCCAGACAUCUCGUGCCUGUAGCCAUUAAAGUCCUGCACCCUGGGCUGGUCCACCAAGUCCAGAUGGAUCUGUUUCUCAUGAAAAUGGGCAGCCGCAUCAUUGGACUCCUCCCCGGGUUCAAGUGGCUCAGUUUGACAGAGAUUGUGGAGGAGUUUGAGAAGCUUAUGAUGCAGCAGAUUGACUUACGCUAUGAAGCCAGAAAUCUGGAGCGCUUCCGACAGAAUUUCCUAGAUGUUGAUUUUGUGAAGUUUCCAACUCCCCUUUGGCCCUUGGUAACAGCAGAUGUUCUAGUGGAAACAUUUGAGGAGAGUGAGCCCAUUUCACGCUACCUGCGCGUGGGGAUUGGCACGGAGCUGCGGCAGAGACUGGCCAGGAUGGGCAUGGACAUGCUGCUAAAGAUGAUCUUCGUCGACAACUUCGUCCACGCCGACCUGCACCCCGGGAAUAUAUUGGUUCAGGGCACGGCACGGCUGGAGCUGUGUGACAGCCGGGUGCCAGAGAUGUGUGACAGCCAGGUGCCAGAGAUGUGUGACAGCCAGGUGCUGGAGGUGCAGCCAGCCCUGCGGCAGCUGUGCCUGGUGCUGCUGGACGCAGGGAUCGUGGCGGAGCUGCAGAGCGCCGACAUGCAGAACUUCCGCGCCGUGUUCACGGCUGUGGUCCAGGGACAGGGGGAGAGGGUGGCAGAGCUGAUCCUGCACCACGCCCGUGCCAACCAGUGCCAAGACAUCGAGCGCUUCAAGGCUGAGAUGGCAGAGCUUGUGACCAAGGUCCGGGGGAACACCAUUGCCCUGGGCAAGCUUCAGGUGGGAAAUCUCCUCUCCAGUGUCUUCAAACUAUUGAUGACCCAUAAGGUGAAGCUCGAGAGCAAUUUUGCUUCCAUCAUCUUUGCCAUCAUGGUUCUGGAAGGACUGGGACGUUCACUGGACCCUGAACUGGACAUCCUGGAGGCAGCUAAGCCACUGCUCAUCAAAACUGCAGCUUCUGCCCUCAAAUAGACUCCUGUGGCUGCUGCCCUCUCCCUGUGGGGGUUUACCUGUGCUGUGCUGCCUGGGAGCUGACACAGAGGAGGCUGAAGGUGAGAAGUCACAGGUACCCCAGGGAUGUGGUACACAGUGGCUGCUCUCCACUAAUGCUGCCUUCAGUCAUUUCAGCCAAGCACCAGGCAUGGGAUGAUCAGAAGGUCUGUUCCAGAAAGCAGGAAGAAUUUGCACAGUUGGACAUUUCCCACUCAUUGCCACAGGUCUAAGAGCUAAUGUGCUCUGUUAGUUUUUAAAAACAUCUUCAGAAAGAUGUUAAUUGAUCAAGUCUGUUUUAAAAUAUAUCAGGGUAAAUAUUUAAUUUACUGACUUACCUGCACUGUGGUAUGAGAAAUUAUGUUCUAGCAUCACUCAAGCAACACAUUCAGGCCGAAAAAGGCCAAUAAACCUGUUUGUCUUUUGUACUUUUAACUUCUACUUUUGUUGUAGAAGUGUCCUAACAUCCUGCAUGUAGUGGUCUGCUCUUAGUCAUUUUGGAUGACAAAACCAGACCAUUUAAAUUUUUUCUCAAACUUCUGUACUCUAGUACAUUAUGAUAGGAGUUUGGAUUAUAAACAGCAUAAUAAAAUAUCUACCUAGGCAGAAAAACCGAAUUCCAUAAUAAAAAACAACUUCUGGGAAUAUUUGUCCUGGUCUUAAUUUUUCUGUUUCUGAAACUUAAGAGGUUUCUUUUUUUCUGCUCUGUGUGAUUUUCUCUACAACCCUCCCUGGUGCUCCCCACUGUACUCAAAACCUUAACUGAUAUGCAGAUACUUAGGGUUUUUUUUCCCAGCAGGUUUCAAACCAGAGUCCAAGCAUUUUCCUGAUGGAACAAAAUCACACUGCAAAUGUUUAAAAUCAAAUAAAGCUAGAAGAAGAGCUGGAUUACAUGUGGCAUUUACAGUCAAUUAUUUUAAUAGCAGUAUUAAAAUGAUUUUAUGGCUGCAUUUUAAUAGUGAGAAAUACAGUCUAUGAAUGAUUGGAAAUAAUGUGGUACUGAAUGUAUUCCCAGACCUACCCUGUGUGAAACAGCAGUGGAGCAGGGUCUCUGCAGUAGUCUGUUCUCAGGUGGUUAAGCAAUGAAGAGAAAGUGCAUAAGCAGACAAUCUGCUGUUUUAUGGUGAUUAUAAAGCAAUGAUUAAUAGCAUAUAAAUGAAGUCUGAAAAAUAAGUUUAGAUUCAGCUCAAUAUAUUUCAUGUACUUUCCUUUAAUCACUGCAUAUUCCAUUUCCAAGUGCAUAAGGAUAAAAGCAGGAGCAGAGUUUAACACCUUAUAAGUUUUAGGCUUGUUUCUUUAAGUCUAGUUAGAGUCAUAAGCAGGCAGAGCAUUGUCCUAACCAGCACAAGAUUUUAUGUAAAAGAGAGCUCAAACAAGAAGAGAAGCAAGCAAACCCCCCAAACAUUAUCCUGAAGAAAAUCUCCAUGUGCCACCAGCACCCACCCUCCCUCAGCAGGGUGUGUGCCAGGUCUGGGGCACAACCAUCCAUGUUCCUGCUGAGCAAAUUCCAGCCAACUUUCCCAGACACUCAACAGAGUGGAAACUGGUCCAAAUGAUGGGAUUUCACGUCUAAAUGCAAAAUUGUGCCUCACAUGUAGUUUCCAUAAUCUGAAGCAAGUUACACUUUUUCCAGACCUUAACUCUGACAUUUUGUUUGUUAAAGCCUUCACCUUCCAUUUAAGUUCAUCUUUUCCCUUUUUUUUUUCUUCAAGCAAAAAUCUCAGGAUGGCUCAUGCACGUACGUUAUGGAUCCUAAAGUUUAAAAAUACCCAUUUUAGCUAUUAAGGUCUCAGAGUAGUUUGUAAACAUCUGGAUGAGAGACCUAACUUGGUCUUUUUAGGGAAAAACUGAAGGCAUAGCCUCUCUAUUAUCCCUGGAGGAAUGCAGUCUGACACUGCUUGGAAACUGUUGGCCAUUCAGAUUUGGCAGGAUUUCAAAGGAGCUCCCUUUUACAAGUUUUAUUAAUUUUACUUUUUUCUUUUUUUUUUUUUUUUAAGAAACUGCCAUUAUCACUGUUGCUGUAUUCUAGAAGGAGGCAAAAAUUUUUAUAACAUGCCAGAAAAUGUGUAUCAUGUUUCUAAGUGUAUACAGAAUGUCAGGCCAAAUUUAAAUUUUGUGUCUGGUUUGGUUCUAGGCAUUACUUGAAACAAGAUAUCACAUAUAUUGUAUUCAUUUUAGCAUAAUUCUGUGUAAAAUAAAGAUAUUUCCAUAUAGCUCUGACUGUUUCAGCAAAUAAAUUGUGCUAUGUCCAUUCUCCUUUCCUAAAUACCUGGCUGAAAUUUCUGGUUACCCAGAGCUGAUCAUAUAUAUGAUCAUAUAUAUACAUCCGUUGUAUUUUAGCAUAAUUCUGUGUAAAAUAAAGAUAUUUCCAUAUAGAAAUAUAGACUGUUUCAGCAAAUAAAUUGUGCUAUGUUCAUUCUC